ACCCUUGUUCAGGCGUUGGGAAGCCUUCGAGAAAGCAUGUCUCAACAACAAGCUAGCAAUGCCGAAUUAAUUGAUGAUCUGAGGCAAGCAAAUAAUGCGCUUAUCACUGCCUUCGAUCGAGCCAAAAAACGAUAUCUCGGCCAGAUUCAUCGCCUUGAAACGUUUGCCCACAAGUCGUCGACCUUCGUGUCUCGUGGCCCCCAUACUACUAGCUCAUCCGGUGGCCAAGCAAAUGUAUACCAACAUCGGCCGACACCAGAGCCAGAUAACCAGCUAUAUGGAUGGGCUAAAGGCCCUGCUGGUGCUGAAUUUCAACAACCAUAUUCACAAAAUGCUUCAUUCAGCAGGCCUGCCAGCUGGCGGAAGAAUCCAGAGCUCAGACAAAUGCACCAGUUGACAGAGCAACAAGAUAUGCUUAAGUGCUCUUACUUCAGUACAGCGGGUCAUACCCGUUCAACAGAUUCGUUUGAAAAGCACAGCCUCUUUCACAAUCAUGAACGUCAACAAUCUCAAUUGCCAGUACAAUUACAAUCGCCACAACUACAACCACAAACGUCACCACAACAGAAGCACCAGCAGGAGCAACAUUCCGUCUAUUAU